AUGACUCGCUUUGUUCCUUACUUGCCCGCUGAAAAGCUGAAGGAGUUGAAAGAAAACGCUGAAAAAAUUGUUGCUCCAGGCAAAGGUAUUCUCGCUGCCGAUGAGAGCACUGGUACCAUCGGCAAACGUUUCGAAAAAAUCUGCCUUGAAAAUACCGAAGAAAAUCGACGUGCCUAUCGUGAAUUGCUUUUUACCACUGACCCAGAAUUCGCUAACCACAUCUCUGGUGUCAUUCUUUUCCACGAAACCGUUUACCAGAAGACUAAGGAUGGCAAACCGUUCGUUCAACUCCUGAAAGAACGUGGUGUUCUUGCUGGCAUCAAGGUAGAUCUUGGUGUUGUUCCUCUUGCUGGAACUGCUGAUGAAUGUACCACUCAAGGCUUGGACAACCUUGCUCAACGCUGCGCUCAGUACUACAAGGAUGGUUGCCGUUUCGCCAAAUGGCGUUGUGUCCUCAAAAUCUCUCCCCACAACCCAUCAUACCUCGCUAUGAUUGAGAACGCUAAUGUCCUUGCUCGUUACGCCUCCAUCUGCCAACAAAACGGCCUUGUGCCAAUUGUUGAGCCUGAAGUUCUUCCUGAUGGUGAUCAUGAUCUUGAGACCGCUCAGCGUGUUACCGAACAAGUUCUUGCCUUUGUCUACAAGGCUCUCGCUGACCAUCACGUCUACCUGGAGGGAACUCUUCUUAAGCCCAAUAUGGUUACCUGUGGUCAGAGUUGCACAAAGAAGUACACCGUCGAGCAGAACGCUACCGCAACUGUUGAGGCUCUUCAACGGACUGUUCCCGCUGCUGUUCCUGGCGUUGUCUUCCUCUCUGGUGGUCAAUCCGAACUUGACGCUACCCGCAAUUUGAAUGCCAUCAAUCAGCAUCCAGGCAAGAAACCAUGGGCUCUCACAUUUAGCUUUGGCCGUGCUCUCCAGGCCUCUGCUAUUGCUGCAUGGCAGGGUAAACCCGAAAACAUUAAGGCCGGACAAAAUGAGUUCUUGCAAUUGGCUAAGGCCAAUGGUGCUGCCUCUUUGGGCAAAUUCUGUGGUGAUCUCAAGACCGCUGCUGGUCAAGCAUCACUCUUCGUGGCUAACCAUGCCUAUUAG